AUGAGUGAUUGGCUAGGUCGUUCCAGUACCCCUCACGAUGAGGAAUUUGGCGAUAGAGUUCACUUACUCCAUCAAGCCAGUGUACUUGACGAAUCUUACGAUCAUUUAUCACAAUCUAGAAUGUCAUUGCUCGAAACCAACGAAAUAGGGGCCAAUGUCAUGUCAAAGCUCCUGAACCAGAGGGAUAGCAUCAUCAGAACCAAGAAACUGGUUCAAGACACUGGAAAUAUCCACGGGGAAACCAGGGGACUCAUCAGGUCGAUUGGAAGAUCGGACUACUGGACCAAAGUCUUAAUGUACAUUACAAUCGUCGCACUAAGCGUUGCGAUCAUCUGCGUAUUGAUUUACAAACUUUUGAAAUAA